AUGGGCUCUACGUCCAAAGGAUGUGGGCCACCUGGGCGAGACCAACUGAUACACGAUCUCUCCUCGUGCAGUACACAAGUCCGAGACGAAAUUGAAGGUAGUCUCUCCCAUCUGGUAAGCGUGGAUGAUGAUCUUGGAGGCUUAGAAAGUGGAGGCAGCAUCUUCAGCUCUGCCUCUGGAAGGCAGCCACUUGUGCUUCUGCAGCUGAAGCGCUUCGCAUCCAAGGGCGGCCACUUGUCCCCGGAUUGCAAGACAAGGGUCCAGAAGGCAGCACGACACUACGAUGUUCUCGUCGAACCUGGCCGGCAGAGCUUCGACACCGAUGGAUCCAGAGCUUUCCUCGAGCCAGGAGGUCCAGGUUACUUGCCUUGGCUCCGCAGCUUGCGCCCAAAGAAGGCCUCAGCGCUGAGGACCAGGCGCCCCGCGGGCCAAACAGCCUCACCCCUGCAACUCGUGAGUCUCCUGCCACGGAGCCACCAGUUCCACCAGCCAAAGCAGCGCAAAGCAGCUCAACGACCCCGCGCCCCCCAGCUUCGACGCGUGCAUGCGACUGGCAAGCAAGCCACAGACGGAAGGGGUGCACUGGGCGAAGGACCCGAAGAGCCGUUCGAAGAGGCGCCUGGAGAGGUGAAUCCUGACUGGACGGCUUCGAGGGUCAGCUCAGGCUCGCCGGACAUAGCUCUUCCGCUUCCAACCACCUUGGAAGAAGAAAUGGCGAACAACGUGGGUAUUGCUGGAGCAGCCUACACGUGGCCGGGCCCGACAAGGGAGUCGAGCAUGCGAAGUCCCGAAGCAUCUCAGUCUUUAGGCAGAGUCACGGGCUUUACGCUCCCGCUUCCAGUCCGCAGAGGUUCGGAAGGGGAAGCCUCCCGGGACUCCAUAUUCGGUGACCGGAGAAGGAGCUGGGCGAGGGCCUCGUCCAGCAUCUCCAACUUCGACAGGCCAAGGGGCAAGAGUGCGGGGUUUCUGAACCAGCGCGGCCAAGUUCGUGAGAUGGUAUCUGCCAUGGCCAAGCUCUGA